AAUGGCAGCCUGCAUGGACAAAAACAGAACAGCGAUUUCUUAGUUUUUGUCCUGUUCAGUUAUGUCUGCAGAAAUGAUCGUUUCAACAUGACAGGGGACAUGCAACAGGGCACUUUGUUCGGUUUGGGUGUUUUGAUCAUAACGACAUGGAUUGGAGUUCAUGGUUCCUGUUUGCGAGAGCAGUCCAGAACUGUGCGACAGGUGGUCAGACAGGAAAUUUUUUCCGCCUUUGCCAAGGUGGGGAACUCUGUUGAUAUUCCACCUAGUUGCCCUUUUCAUCCAGAUAGGGACAUGUACCUGGUUCAUGAGAACAAUAAGGCCAUGGAGAGCGUGUCACGCUGGGUGUGUCAGUUCUGCGGGAAGGGCUUCACUGCAGAGCACUUCCUAGAUCGUCAUUUCCAGAACAGGCACCCAGAACACGUUAGACAGGGUAGAGAGAUUGUGUGUCUAUCUGAUUACUGUGAUAUUUUCCGCUGUGAUGUGAUUGGAACAAAAAAUAAGGUGGAUUUCUGGCAGGUUGCAUUAUGUAUUGAGGAUGAUUUGAUAGAUCUACGGAGGAAAUGUGAGGUUACAAUGGAUUUGUGCAUUCCAACACUUUUGUCCCAAAAUACUUCACAUGCUCUGAGAGACUUGUUGUACCAAGGAGUUUGUUCGUACCUCACCUGUCACACAUACUGGGACACGCCUUUUCCUGAGGAAUCGCAGACGGCUCAGAUCCUGUAUGUGAUGGCCUGUGUUUUUGUCCUGUUCGUGUUCAUCAUGUACUACUGCGUCGUUCUCAACUACUACUACUCAGAUGACUGGGAUUCCCCGCAUGACCAGUGGAAUGAGGUCACUUCAGAUCAGAUGCUAUGGCGACCAAGGUCACAGUAUGACCCUGCUCUGGCUGCACAGCAGCGUCCUCGUAUUACUGCAACACGACGAAAAGCUCAGCAUUGCCCUUCCCCCAGCUGAUUAGUGAGGCACAGUUGGCAUUUGCUUAGAUGAUGACAACAGUGAAGGUGCAGUCCUUCAGAGAAUAUCUUACUGUUUUGCUUGUGUCCAGCAAGUAUGCACAAAACAGAGUUUGUGGCUCAAAGAGGACGCAAAACAAAACUUCAAGCCUCCUGUCAGCGAAUGCAUAAGUAACACGCCAUUCUUGUGCUCAUGGCUGAUGAACGCUUACAGGUUUGAAAUAAUUUGGUCACAACAGUUUCGAGAGGGCACCAAAACGGGUGCCAAACAAACCCACUCUGCUGUUUGGUCCAUUGACUUUAACUGUGACAUCGAGCACAGUAAAGGACACAGAUGUCAUCAUUGAUGAACGACUGAGAUGAACGAUGUGUGUUUCACAAAAGCAAAUUUCGAAUAUCUGGGUUGUGCGUCAGUGUAUGAGGAAUGUACAGCCCAAACAGUAGACUACUGUGUGGAGUAGCUGUUGAGUAACAGUGCCAACAGAGAUCAAAGUUGCUGAGAACAAAACAAAGCACCUGAGCAGCUGUGAAAACAUGAUUUUCAUUUCAUCUAGAUCCAUGGUGAUGGAGGAGAUAGGAUUUGCUGGGUUAAAGGCGUCAGCUUAGGUCAUGCUUGAAUAAUAAAUGUUCAGUAAUGAUAUGACUGAAAUGUCACUGAUGUGUUGCUAAGCCAUAACCACUCAUUCAUCCAUGGCCUUAGUUUAUCUUAGAAUAAAAGGGCAGUGUGCAAUAUGGGAAGAUCCGUUCGUGUGUUAUAUCAGAAGUCCAUUAGAAAUUUAAUCUUAGCACUUUAUCUAUAGUUGUGCGCCUUAUGGUGUAGUGGUUUGCCAGUAGGGAGUUGUGGCCCUUGAUUGGUAUCCAUUACCUAGAAGUAUGCAACUUCACUAUAGCUAGUCUCCACAGCACAGUACACAUGUUACGUCGUCUGUAGAAGUUUGCGCCACCUGGAGGAAGAUUAUAAAUUCUGCAAAGUAAAACUAUGCAUAUAAAUAUUCAUGCUGUAAGCAUUGGACUUGUAUUACUUAUUUGUACAACUCAUUGUAUACAACAUCAGUUUAUUGUAAAAAUAAAAAAACAAUUUGCAUUGCCCUUGUUAUUACUGGGAAUCCUGGGUUAGGAUUCUUGUCUGGUGUUGACAUUUUGAUUCAUUUAUGGUUUUUGUUUCAGUGGGAAUGGUUGGAAUAUUAGAUUUGAUUUAUUACAAAUUAUCUAUUGUUGACCCAUAAUUGAAGGUUUAUUAAAUCAGGCCCAUUUUUUCUGUUAGCGUAAGACAUUUCCCGCCGUUCAUUAACUAAACUGUCUAUAUGGUGAUAAUGCCUU